ACACUCGUCCCCUGCAGACGGCAAUGAACAUAUCUCAAUCUCAGUAUAUUUUAGCCAUGAUUCGAGUAUAGAUAAAGAUAACAAUUGGUUAUUAUUUGGCAUUAUUUAGUAACAAAUGUUAUUGCAUAAAAAACAUCUCACGUAUUAUUUCCUGGCAAGCUUUUCAUUUAUUCUAGGAUGCACAUUAACAAUGUUUGUUUUGCAUCCAAUGACAUCAAAACCAAAUACUUCACCGUAUCUAUAUAGAUUUAAAUUGCUUGUACUUAUCGUAUCAGCUGUAAAAAAUCGAAAUCAUAGAGAUGCUAUACGUGAAACAUGGGCUGAAAAAAAAGAAGAUGUUAAAAUAUUUUUUGUUGUAUCAAAAGACGAAUCUAUAAAUGCUGAAAAGCUGGUACAUGAAGACAUAUUGGAGGUAGAUGAAAAAGAUGAGUAUAGAAUGCUCACUCAUAAAAUAAUUGCAUCAUUUUCCAGUGUAUAUAAUUUAAACUUUGAUUAUUUGUUAAAAUGUGAUGAUGACUCUUUUGUAAAUUUGCCAUUAAUUGUCAAUGAGUUAGAACACAUGCCUAAAAAUAGAUUUUAUUGGGGAUAUUUUAGUGGUGAUGCAAACGUUAAAAAAAGAGGUUUAUUAAAAGAAACUGAAUGGGUAGCAUGUGAUAAAUAUUUGCCAUACGCCCUGGGAGGUGGCUAUGUUCUAACUAAAGAUCUUAUCAUCUUUAUAGUGAAGAAUCGAGAUUACCUAAGUUUAUUUGUUUCUGAAGAUGUUUCUGUUGGGGCUUGGUUAAGUCUGUUAAAUAUUACUAAAAAACAUGACCGGCGAUUUGACACAGAAUGGAUAAGUCACGGAUGUAAUAAUGAUUAUUUAAUAACACAUAAACGUAGUCCUAAAAUGAUGAGACUACACUGGUCGAACAUUAUUCAGACUGGAAAAUUGUGUGAUAAAGAGUUCAAAAACAUGGAUUCCUAUGAGUAUAACUGGUCAGUGAAGCCAUCUCAAUGUUGUAUUAGAAAUUCUUCUUUAUUUCCAUAAGUUAUUUUUAACAUAAAAAGACUGGAAAAAUCAUUAACUUAAUUAAUUUGAAAAAACUUACAUAUAGAUCAACAAUACUACUUUAAUAUAGAAAUUA